AUGGAGCGAGCGCAUGGAGCGAAAGACGGAGGGAGCAAAACCCUGUUCGUCACAGUAGGGUCGCACCAAUUCGACGACCUGAUAAAGCAGAUCGACACGAAGGACUUCCACAGCUUCCUCCGGCGCGCGGGCUUCGCCAAAAUGAGCAUGCAGAUUGGGCAAGGCACCUACGAGCCGCAGCUCAUCUACAGGUGUAGCGGCAAUGGAGAGGAGUCGCUCCUCAAACGGGUGAAAUUCUUUCGAUACAAGAAGGACCUACUAAAGGACUUUCAAAAGGCAGACCUCAUUGUAAGUCAUGCCGGGGCAGGGACCACCCUCGAAGGGCUGCGUAUGAAGAAGAAAAUGCUAAUCGUGGUGAAUGACAAAUUGAUGGGUAACCACCAGUUAGAGUUUGCAGAGUUUUUACGCUCGAGGAACUACUUGGAGGUGUGCGAGUGCUUGGGGGACUUGCGGGCGCACGUGCUGCGGUGCCUGCGGACGCCUGCCUUCGCGCCCUUCCCCGCCCCGCGGCCGGAGCCCUUCCUGCGGGACCUGCGCGCGUUGAUGGACGGAGCGGCGUAG